AUGGCAUCGGCUCUCAAGCGCACCUCGCUCAAGAUCGGCAUGAUCCCGGCCGACGGCGUCGGCAAGGAGGUCCUCCCUGCCGCGCAGCGCGUCCUCGAGUCGCUCGGCUCGGCUAUCCCGAAGCCCGAGUUCAUCCCCCUCCUCGCGGGUUGGGAUGUGUUCAACCAGACUGGUAACGCGCUGCCUGACGAGACUAUCAACGUGCUCAAGACCCAGUGCGACGCCGCCAUGUUCGGCUCGGUGCAGAGCCCCUCGCACAAGGUGCCCGGCUACUCGUCGCCCAUUGUGGCUCUCCGCAAGCACCUCGACCUGUACGCCAACAUCCGUCCCGUCGCCAGCGUGCCCGGUACUCCUGGACCCGAGGUCAACCUCGUCAUUGUGCGCGAAAACACCGAGUGCCUGUACGUCAAGCAGGAGGUGAUCGAGGACACGGCCGACGGCGGCAAGAUUGCGCGCGCGACCCGCCAGAUCACCAGCUACGCGUCGGAGCGUAUUGGCCGUAUGGCGUUCGAGCUCGCCCUCCGCCGUGGGCAGGAGCGUGCCGCCCCCGGCGCCCCAGCCACCUUCUGGAAGGGCAAGCCGCUCGUCACCAUCUCGCACAAGUCCAACGUGCUCUCAGUCACUGACGGCCUGUUCCGUGAGUCGGUCCGUGGUGUCAAGGAGAACUCGAACCGCUACGAUGGCGUCGACAUGAACGAGCAGCUCGUCGACUCGAUGGUGUACCGCCUCUUCCGCGAACCGCAGGUGUUUGACGUCGUCGUCGCCCCCAACCUUUACGGCGACAUUCUCUCUGACGGUGCUGCUGCGCUCGUUGGCUCGCUCGGCCUCGUCCCCUCCGUCAACGCCGGCGACAACUUCGUCAUGGGCGAGCCCGUCCACGGCUCGGCUCCUGACAUUGCUGGCAAGGGCAUUGCCAACCCGAUCGCGUCGAUCCGCUCGGCAGCCCUCAUGCUCUCGUCGCUCGGCUACACCGAGGCUGCGAACCGCAUCAACGCCGCCGUCGACAAGGUCCUUGUCGAUAACAAGGUCGCCACCCCCGACCUUGGCGGCAAGAGCACCACUGUCGAGGUCACUGACGCUGUCCUCAAUUACCUUUAG